AUGGUUAAUUUUGGUAUUCCAGCUAAACGUAGUAAGAUAGAAAAUGAAGAAAUUGAUGAAGAUGAUACACCUGUGAGAAGUUUAAAAAAAGCUCAAAUUGAAGAACCUUCAAAAGAUUGUCCUUUUCUUGCUACAAUUGAUAGAUCUGUUCUUGAUUUUGAUUUUGAAAAAUUAUGUUCUGUAUCAUUAUCACACAUUAACAUUUAUGCUUGCCUUAUUUGUGGAAAAUAUUAUCAAGGUCGUGGUGCUGGAUCUCAUGCUUAUACACAUUCAUUGGAUGAAGAUCAUCGUGUUUUUAUUAAUUUAACAACAUUAAAAUUUUAUUGCCUUCCUGAUAAUUAUGAAAUUAUAGAUCCAUCACUUGAAGAUAUUAAAUAUGUAUUAGAUCCAACAUUUACAAAUCAACAAAUUAAAGAUAUAGAUGAUGGUACAAAAAUAUUUCGUACUUUAAAUGGAAAAUCAUAUUAUCCUGGUAUUGUUGGUUUAAAUAAUAUUAAACACAAUGAUUAUUUUAAUGUUAUCCUUCAUGCAUUAUCACAUGUACCACCAAUAAGAAAUUUUUUUUUACAACCUGAUAAUUAUAUGGGUACAAGAUUUGGUGAAACUAUUAGAAAAUUAUGGAAUCCAAGAGCAUUUAAAUCUCAUGUAUCACCACAUCAACUCCUUCAAGCAGUUGUCAUUUGUUCUGACAAAAAAUUUCAAAUAAUUAAACAAUCAGAUGCUUCAGAAUUUUUAAGUUUCUUUCUUAAUGCUCUUCAUUUAUCUUUAAAUGGUACAAAUAAAAGUAACUCAUCAAUAAUAUUUAAAACAUUUAGAGGAAAAAUGAAGGAAUAUUCUACUAAAAUAUCAUCUAGUUCUGAUACUGAAUUAAAAAAUUCACCCUCAGAAAAAGAAAUAAAAGUUAAAGAAAUGCCAUUUUUAUGUUUACCUUUAGAAUUACCACCAGCACCAUUAUAUAGGGAUGAAUUGUUAAAUAAUAUUAUACCACAAGUUCCAUUAACAGUAUUAUUACAAAAAUAUAAUGGAAUUUUUGAAAAAGAAUACAAAACAUAUAAAGAAAAUUUUAUUAAACGUUUUGAAUUAAUUCACCUUCCAGAAUAUCUUAUUGUAACAUAUAAACGUUUUCAAAAAAAUCAAUUUUAUGUUGAGAAAAACCCUACUAUUAUUAAUUUCCCUAUAUCUAAUGUGGACUUUUAUGACUAUUUAUCACAAGAAGCCAGAUCAACACAUAAAUAUACAACAUAUGACUUGUUAUGUAAUAUUGUUCAUGAUGGUAAACCAGAUUCUGGAACAUAUCGAAUACAAUUAUUACAUAAAGCUACUAAAAAGUGGUUUGAAUUAGAGGAUAUGCAUGUAAAAGAAAUAUUAGCUCAAAGUAUAACAUUAACAGAAUCAUAUAUUCAAAUAUGGAAACUUAAUAGAAAAAAGACAAGAGGAGAAAGAAUGGGAGAAACUUCAAGUGAUUAA